AUGCCAGACUGCUACUUCAAUCAAUUCGGUGAACAAAUCUGCGUGACGGCGACAGAGUCCGCUUGGCUCAGAUGGGGCCGGUGGGUGCUCCUCGCGAUUGUACUCAGCGUGGUUCUCAUCAGUAUCCUGAGUGUUCUCAUCUUGCGAAUCAGAUCUCGUGCCCGCUACCGUAAGAUCACGAAGAGUCGCCAGAGAGGCCGAUUGAAUCAGGGCGAAACAGUUGAAACAGGACUACCACCACCAUAUUCGAGCCCAGCAGCGCAAUUGCUACAGGAGGGAGCUACUACAACACAUCGAGAUGUUUGA